UAAACCCCGAGCUUGUGGUUUAAUUUCAGCUAAAGCAAUUGAAAUCUACUCGAUCCCGCCCCUUUCAAUGUGUGAAAAGUGACGAAUCGGUUGGUAAAGUGUCUGUGUAUAAGUGGGGGAGGCGGCAGCCACUGUGAGCGUUUGGUGCCAGUUGCGAUGCUGAACUGGUCGGAGUCCGCACGCUUGAGCAGGCUGCGCGUUGCUGGCCGACUGUAAUAAAAUGCAAAUGUGCGGCUGGAAUCUCUAAUCAGUUUCGAUUCGGCGCUGAGUGUAUUGCCUCGGAGGGGGUCCGGCCGCACCGUUUGAUGGGGUAAAAAAAUGUCAGUCAGGACUGGCUUCUACAAGCAAGAAUUAAACAAAACGAUAUGGGAAGUGCCGGAGAGAUACCGGAAUCUGAGCCCGGUCGGAUCUGGGGCUUACGGAUCUGUCUGCUCUGCCUAUGAUACAAGAACACGACAGAAAGUCGCUAUAAAAAAGCUCUCAAGACCAUUUCAGUCUCUGAUCCACGCAAGGAGGACCUACCGGGAGCUGAGGCUGUUAAAACACAUGAAACAUGAAAAUGUAAUCGGAUUGUUAGAUGUUUUUACACCAGCACUUACAUUGGAGAACUUCCGUGAAGUGUAUUUGGUGACAAACCUCAUGGGUGCAGACUUGAACAACAUCGUGAAGUGCCAGAAGCUGACAGAUGAUCACGUGCAGUUCCUUGUGUAUCAAUUACUCAGAGGGCUUAAGUAUAUCCAUUCUGCUGGCAUCAUUCACAGAGACCUGAAACCAAGUAAUUUAGCAGUAAACGAGGAUUGUGAGUUAAGGAUUCUAGAUUUUGGGCUAGCUCGGCAGACUGAUGAUGAAAUGACUGGUUACGUAGCAACGAGGUGGUAUCGAGCUCCAGAAAUAAUGUUAAACUGGAUGCAUUACAAUCAGACAGUGGAUAUUUGGUCUGUUGGAUGCAUUAUGGCAGAGUUGCUGAAAGGAAAAGCCCUUUUCCCAGGAACCGAUUAUAUUGAUCAACUGAAGCGAAUAAUGGAAGUCGUUGGAACACCAAGUUCAGAGUUGCUGAAGAAAAUAUCUUCUGAACAUGCUAGAAAAUACAUUGAAUCUUUACCAUACAUGCCUCAACGAGAUUUGAAAGAGCUAUUCAAUGGUGAUAAUCCUUUAGCUGUAGAUCUGCUUCAGAAGAUGCUAAUUCUUGACACUGAUAAGAGGAUAACUGCAACAGAUGCUCUGACUCACCCUUACUUUGCUCAGUAUCAUGACCCCGAAGAUGAACCAGAAGCUGAACCCUAUGACGAAUCAAUAGAGAAUAAGGAGAAGACAAUAGAGGAGUGGAAAGGACUUGCGUUUGAAGAGGUCAACAGCUUUGAGUUGCCACAAUGUACAAUGGAAAAUAUGGAGACAGACAACUGAGAGCGAACUGGCCACUCUGUCUGCAGUGAGAGUUCAAAAGAUUGUUUCACAUGCUUGCUGCUUGACUCACAAUACGGUCCCUUUUUUAUGUACACAGUCCCACCUUUGCUACAGUUCACCACACUUCUUCAAUGGACAUAAAACAUAAUGAAAUUCACUGUCUUCAAUGUUAAUUUGUUUUCCUUUUUUUUUGCAUAUCUGUCUUCUGUAAACAACUAAUAAACCAAAAGCUACGUGUCACUCAUGUCAAGUUUAUCAAUCACAUUCUAAUGUCCUGAAGUGUGUGUUGCACAGUUCAUGUUUGCAGCCUUUGAGCACAUGAAAUGGCUCCAAUUUAACAUUUUUUGAGGUAGUUCAAAAUGUUAACAACUGUACAAAUGAUUAAAUCUGUAAUUUAUGCUUAUUCUGUUUAUUUCCUUACAGUUUGAAUGAUGAGCAACUCACUAGCAAGAAAAUGCUCAGAAUAAAAUAACUUAAUUUUAUUGUCUUCUUCACUGUCACUUUGAAAACGUUAACUUUCCUGUAAUACGUCUUCAGUUUUUUAACUUUAUAAACAGCACUGAAACAGAAAAUGCAUUGAAUCCAAUAGUUCACAUCAGAAAAAGAGAAUCAGAUAGCUCUGCUAGCUUAGUAAUUGCAAAUUACCUGCUACCUUACAGCAAUUUGCAAUGCAGUGGAUUCUGGUUAAUUGGGGUGCAUCUGGACCGGUACAUUUUGGCCCAAUUAAUCAGCUGCACCAAUUAGCCAAAGUUUUUUAGAAAUAGUUAAAAAGACAAACUGAGUUCAAAUUAGUUCUGUAUUUCAUUUAAAUCCAUAAAUUGUUAAUUAUAACACUACCAAUAGUACUACAAAACUAUAUUAGUUCCUACAAGUUAUCGAUGGAGGAAUUCAUCCUUGUCGCCUUCUUUUGACUGUAAAUGAAUAAAAUCUGCCUAGAAACUUAGUGCAGAUAAUGGACUGCCUUCAUACAAUGUUGUCGAUGACUGCAUCCUCCAAAUAAUCAUUUUCAUUGUACCAUUCAGGAUAGUUGUCAAUAUCAUCAAAUUCUUUGCAGUUCCCAACUUGUUGAAGUAGUGAAAUCAUUGCAUUUUCACUCCUGGCUGUUUCUGGCAUCUCCAAGCCUGCAUGCUUGAAACCGCAUUGAGCAAAACAGUUCAGAAUUGUCUUACUGCUUACUUCUCGCCAACUAUCAGUGAUAAAGCUGCUCUAAACACCAGAGGUGUAACAGGCAGUAGCUGACUGACUGCUAUCAGUGAGAAGAGUCACUGCUUUUUGAACACUAGAAGAUGCAACUGACGCUAUUUGAAAACUGUUCACUGUAAGCACAGUGUAGCAUCUAAAGGCCACACAGGUACACAUGACUGACUCUAGUUAGAAUUUGCUCGGCAACAAUCUCCUUCCCCAAUUAAGCAGCGUAGCGUCCCAAAUAAAGGGAACCCUGGCAAUUUUCUCAGACAGGUUUUAUUCCUUAAGAGUUGUCCCAAAUAAGCAGCUCCUCCAAUUGACUUAUGGCCCAAUUAACCGAAAUCCACUGUAUUUAAGUUCUGAUAAAUUAGCUUUGUUAUCUUGAAAGCAAUAAUAUGAAAUAUUUAACUUUUAUCAAGAGACUCGUGUGCAAAGAAGAAAUUCCUAUUGCAUUUGGUCUGGAUUCACAAGGUAUGUCGCAAGGGAAACAUAGCUUUAUAAAAUCACAUCACAUCUGAUUACAAAAGAGGAAUUUUCCUCUGUAUGUCAUGUAAAAAAAGCUGCAAAUAGAUUCAUGAGAAAGUCUGCAGAUACUGGAAAGCUAGAGUAACACACACAAAAUGCUGGAGGAACUCAGCAGGUCAGGCAGCAUCUAUGGAAAUGAAUAAACAGUCGAUGCUUCAAGCCAAGACCCUUCUUCAGGACGGGACAGGAAGGGGGAAGACGCCAAAAUAAAAAUGCGGUGGUGGGGGGAGGGUAAGGAGGACAGCUAGAAGGUGAUAGGUGAAGCCAG